GCAGAGACCAUGUCUGACACGGAAGAGGUGGUGGAAGAGUACGAGGAAGAGCAGGAAGCAGAAGAAGCCGUGGAAGAAGAGGAAGACUGGAGAGAGGACGAAGACGAGCACGAGGAGGCAGCAGAAGAGGACGCUGAUGGUGGGGCAGAGGCUGAGGCUGAAACUGAGGAGACCAAGGCAGAAGAAGAUGAACAAGAAGAGGAAUCCAAAGAGGCUGAAGAUGGCCCCGUGGAGGAGUCCAAACCCAAGCCCAGGUUGUUCAUGCCCAACUUGGUGCCUCCCAAGAUCCCGGAUGGAGAGAGAGUGGACUUUGAUGACAUCCACCGGAAGCGCAUGGAGAAGGACCUGAAUGAGCUGCAGACGCUGAUCGAGGCUCACUUUGAGAACAGGAAGAAGGAGGAAGAGGAGCUGGUAUCUCUCAAGGACAGGAUCGAGAGGCGGCGGGCAGAGCGGGCGGAGCAGCAGCGCAUCCGGAACGAGCGGGAGAAGGAGCGGCAGAACCGCCUGGCUGAAGAAAGGGCCCGGCGGGAGGAGGAGGAGAACAGGAGGAAGGCUGAGGAUGAGGCCCGGAAGAAGAAGGCUUUGUCCAACAUGAUGCAUUUUGGAGGCUACAUCCAGAAGCAGGCCCAGACAGAGCGAAAAAGUGGAAAAAGGCAGACUGAACGGGAAAAGAAGAAGAAGAUUCUGGCCGAGAGGAGGAAGGUGCUGGCCAUCGACCACCUGAAUGAAGACCAGCUGAGGGAGAAGGCCAAGGAACUGUGGCAAAGCAUCUAUAACCUGGAGGCGGAGAAAUUUGACCUGCAGGAGAAGUUCAAGCAGCAGAAAUACGAAAUCAAUGUUCUCCGAAACAGGAUCAACGAUAAUCAGAAAGUCUCCAAGACCCGUGGGAAGGCCAAAGUCACCGGGCGCUGGAAGUAGAGGCUGGGCCUCCCUCCCCAAAGAUCUGUUCCUUGCGUGUCUCCACCUACACCCCACAACUCCCAGGCCCUGCUGGGCCCCAGAGGAAGCUCUCGUCUGAGACUAGAGAGCGACCCCUGCUGGGAGCCAGCACGACGGCCAGCCUCCCACCAUGCCACAAUAAAAAGCCACCACACA